GUUCAACCAACCAUCACUUCCGGAUGUAGACGUGAGCGCUAUGACUAUGUAGGUCAAGAUAAGUCGUUCUGUGUAUAAACAUUUUUUAUCUAUUUUUAACCGGAUUUUCUGGAUGCUGUGUGGCCAGUCAUCAUGUCUACGACUGCAGCCUCUGAUGGCACAAUACAGACUCUUAAGAUAGUCGUGGUCGGAGGUGGGGGUGUCGGCAAAAGUGCCAUCACCAUACAGUUCAUUCAGUCCUAUUUUGUGGUAGAGUACGACCCCACCAUAGAAGAUUCCUACACCAAACAAUGUGUCAUCGAUAGUGUAGUAGCUAAGCUGGACAUUUUGGAUACGGCAGGUCAGGAUGAAUUCAAUGCGAUGAGAGAACAGUACAUGAGAACUGGGGAUGGCUUUCUGCUCGUAUUCAGCCUCACCAAUAGAACGAGUUUUGAGGAAAUCGUCAGAUUUCAUCGGCAGAUUCUGCGAGUAAAGGAUCGGGAUGAGUAUCCUAUGAUCCUGGUGGCUAACAAGGCAGAUUUAAUCAACCAACGAGUGGUAUCCGGAGAAGAAGCUCAAGCACUUGGCAAGCAGCUUAAACUUGAAGUCAUUGAAGCAAGUGCCAAGACAAGGAUGAACGUGGACCAAGCAUUUCAUCAACUUGUUAGGACAAUACGAAAAUUCCAAGCUGAAGAGAAUCCUCCCAUGCUGCAACCAUCCGGUAAAAGCGAGAAGAAAUCCUGCUGCACACUCUUGUAAAAUUUGGUAAGAUGCGAAGAAGUGGCAAUAUUCUCAAGAUGUUUACUGGAUUGCAGAUAGGUUCUAGUGUAUGUAGAAGGUACUCAUGACUUUGCUGAGCAUGGUUUGCGUGCUGUGAUGAUGAAUGACCUGUUUCCGUGAAAUAAGAGUAAAGUUCCACACCAGAUUUUUAUGUAAUUUGAAAUGUUAUCAUUAUUGUUAUACAGGGUGAGUCAGAAAAAGUGGAACCCAAACCCUAAAAUAAAUUUCAUAUUUAAAAAAAC